UCCACCACUCGAAAAUGGACGGCGCAGAUCUCCCCUCCUCGCCCUCCUCCUCCACUGCCGCCGCCGGCGACCGGCGUCCGGAGAGCGCGGGGGACGGCAUCGGCGCGGAGGGCGAGCGGGCCGCGUCCCCGCCGGAGCGGUGCGAGGCGCUGGCCGCGGCGAUCGCGGGGGUGCUGGGCGGCGCGCUGCGGGAGCACGAGGCGCGGGCGGUCGCCACCGCCCGGAGCCAGGACGAGGUGGCCGCCGCCGUCGACCGCCUCAACGGAGAACUGGACAAGCUUUUAGAGAAUGCACCCUCACUGGUAAUAAUGCAACAUUCAGCAAGAAUUUCCACUAUCCGCAAAAGAAUUUCAGCGCUGAACAUGCUACUGAAGUCCAUACAGCGUCGCAUUGAUAACAUUGAUAGAAUUAUUUCAACUGGUUUGACAAAUGGUACUGCUCAUGAUCAUUCAUCUCCUGUACAGUUUCAAAGCCUGAAGUGAAGUUGAAUUUAAGGCUCUAGAAGAGGAGUUCCAGCAGUGGCCAUCAAUUGUCCACCAUUUCUGUGUGGUAGUCAUCAUUCGGGUGCAGGCUGCAGAUCAAAGUGAAAUCAUACGGGGUUGUGCAUAGAAAUGAGAUCUCAUAAUUUAUAUUUCUACUAGAGGUGUAUCAUUGUAACACUCCAUUUCUUUUUUUUGGAGAGAAUGAAGGUGCUUUUAGCUUUUUAUAUUUUUCCAUUGUACCUUAAUAUUAUGGGGAAAUCAUAUUAUCAUAUUGUCGCAGUUGAGCAAUUUGAUCAUUGCAUUCUAUU